AUGGAAGUCGUAGAGGGGUCAGCAUCCUAUGGCGGCUGUGACUAUGAUGCGAUUGCGGCCCAGUAUGGGGAUCUAGCGAUUGCGGGAUUCUUGAGAGAGUACGUGGCUCCCGGUUGCAAAGUCCUAGACCUGGGCUGUGGCACUGGGCUAUUGCUGGAGCUGCUAGCUCUGCAGCCGGAGGAUUACCUCGGCAUCGAUCACUCCGAGAAGAUGUUGGAGGAGUUGCAGAGCAAGUUUCCGGAGCAUGAGACCAAGAAAAAGGCCUUUGGAGCAGAAGAUUUGGAGGAUGUUGAUGUGGCAGUUUCAUUAUUCGGACCCAUCAGCUACGUCGAUCCAGACUUAGUCUUCCAGCUGGUCUCCAGCGGUGUGAACUACUUCCUGAUGUUUUACAAGGAAGACUACCGACCGGUGACCUAUGACACGUGCCAAGUCCAUCCCUAUCCCUUCCAACGAUACAAUCUUCCAAGUCAAGACUUCGGCAGUUUUGCGGUGGUCACCAACCUCCGCACUCCAGAUGGAUCUUUGGCAUUUCCCCGCCAGUCCUUGCGAAGAGCGGAGCGGGCCAAAACCGAGCCUUCCGGGGUCAAGUUCAAGCCGAGUGGUGGACUUUCCGCCGAACUUGAAAGCUACCCCUCGGACAGAGCCGUGCUGCUGAAGGGACACGGCAAUGCGAAGGGUUCGUCCCUGGGGGAAACGAUCGUGACCAUGCUGAAUGCCUAUAUGGGAUCUGGAAUCUUGGUGCUUCCCUAUGCCUGGAAACAAGCUGGCUGGCUCUUUGUGCUUCCUUUCCUCGCGGUGGCGAUGAUGAUGAGCUUCACCCUGUGGCUCACGGGUACUCUCUUCCGCCUUGUGGACGCUCGAGCCAACGAGAUGAAUGUGCCAAUGGUCAGCCGCGACUGGGGGAUGUUGGGUCAGAUGGCUUUCGGAAGGUGUGGCCAGCUGCUGUUCUCUGGUUGUGCCCUUGUGGAUCUUUAUGGCGGCUUGGUGUCAGUACUGAUCUUGGCAUCAAAUCAACUGCAAUUUCUAUUCCCUUCCCUGUCCACUGCAGUUCUCAGUGUUGGCUGCUUUGGAGUUCUCCUCAUAUUGCUCGUCGUGCAAACUAGGAACUUCUCUUCUUUAGCAGUCGUUGGUUUGGGUAGCAUGUUGAUCAUCCUGUCUUGCCUCCUUAUUACCGGUGGCGAGCUGGUGGCCCUUGGCGAGGCGGCGGAGGACCAGGUGAUGGUGAACUGGGCAGGACUUCCCCCAGCAGCAGGGGUGGCCAUUUACACCUUCAUGGUGCAUUCAGAGGCGCCCUUGGUUUAUCAGCUGAUGGAGGACCGCUCCCAAUGGAGCCAAGCUGUACUGUGCAGCACGGGCCUUGCGGCGGCAUUUUUUGCGGCUCUUGCAAUGCUGUGCUACAGCUUCAUGGUCGUUGCGCUUGAGAGAAGUUGA